AUGGUUGAAUUGACCGAAGUCAGGGAAGACAACAACACCAAGGUUUUCGAACAAGAAAGAGAGAUUCCAGCAGGGUUUUCAACUAGCAACAACAACGAGGGCGUUGCAGAACAAGAUUCUUCAGAUGAAUACUCGAGUGACGAAGAAUACGAUGAAGAAGAGACGUUUUUGGAAAGAAUCAGCGCCUUGAAAGAUAUUAUUUCUCCUAAGCACAGACAAACGGUUUCUAAAAUCUUCAAUACUUCCGUUGCGGUGGUUAAAAGUGCAUUUUCCAAGAGUGGUAACGUUGCCUGGGCUGUCACGACUUCUGCCCUUCUUCUAGGGGUCCCCCUCUCGCUUUCGAUCCUGGGAGAACAGCAAUUGAUCGAGAUGGAAAAGAGUUUCGACCUACAGAAGGACGCUAACGACAUUUUGGUACAAGGAGAUUCUCCUGCCGCAGGUGCCGUUGCAGCAACCCCAUAA